CUCCUUUCACAUUUUGCAGACUGAACCUCUUUUGCUUUCUUCAACAGUCUUUUUCAUUACAAAUGGCUUCUCCUCAAUACAACACUCCUACUACCAUGCUGCAUAGUCACUGCCACUGAUGUUCUAUAACAAACAUUUGAAGUGCUUUACAGGACAUCAUUAUCUUAAGUUUACCUUACAUACUGGUGCACACUAAUUAACAAUUAAAUCAUUUUUUAAUGGGUUGUGCUGCAAUGCGUUUUAUUUACGGGUAUCAGAAAAGAAGGUAGCUGAAUGCAAAUGCAAAUCUCACUUAGAUUUUUAAAAACAUGUAUUGGUUUUCUUCCACUUUACAAUAUAGUGCAACUUUGUGUUGACCUUUAACAUUGACAGUGAAAAACUGCAUGGAUAUUUGAGACUGUCAGUCACUUUCAUGGUGCCUUUCAAAGUCUUUUAAAAUAUUUUUGGACAGCACUGUAGAUCAUUUUAAGCCACCCCUACUGAAACUGAUAGACACAAGGAUUUUUGUUUUACAGCUAGAGUGAAGCUGUCUUGCGCUAUUGGUUGUUAUUAGUCUGCAACUAAUUAACAUAAAUGGAUUCGACUUGAUUCAGGUCCUUCAACAACCCUUGAAAACUGUUGAAAAAAAUUCCUAAAACUUUCCAAGGAACACCUACUUCUUUAAGGAAACAUGCAAAGUAAUGAGAGAUGUUUCAACACUUAAACACAUAAUUGUACAUGAAGAAAGGUUUCUUUGCAUUGGAUGUGUGUCUCAGUUGCCCAGAUCUCUUAGUUACCAGCUGAUCACAUGAGCAGGCCAGCAGCUGGAUGUCCCUCAAUGACCUGGACUCAUUUGGAGAGUUUGGCAGCCUACUGCUUUCAUUUCACAGCUAACAGUGCAUCCACACCUAAGAAAUGGCUCUGCUGAUGGAGCACCAGUUCAGACAGCUGCCAGCUGACAGACAGGUGGAAACCAGACCGUUUCUGGAUGCCGUGUCGUAUCUUCCAACUUUCUUUGACUGCCUUGGCCCAACCAUUUUUGCACCAAUAAAAUCUGAUAUAUACAGCAACCUCACAAAAAUCAAGGCAGUUUAUGAUACCAACCCUGGACGCUACAAGACGCUUCAGAUGCUUCUAGAGGCUGAGAAGGAAAUGCAUGGAGGUGAAUGGCCUAAAGUUGGAGCAACGCUCGAGCUUAUGUGGCUCAAAAGGGUCCUCAAAUUUGUCCAAGUGUUCCUGCAGAGCCUGGUGGACGGGGAAAAGGACAGCAGCAACCCCAACCUCAUCCGAGUCAAUGUCACCAAAGCUUAUGAAAUAGCCCUGAAAAGGUACCAUGGGUGGUUUGUUCAGCAGCUCUACAAGGCAGCUCUUUACGCCACUCCCUACAAGUCAGAUUUCCUGAAGGCGCUCUCCAAAGGUCGGGAGGUGAAGGAGGAAGAAUGCUUGGAAAAAAUCAGGAAGUUUCUCAUCAACUUCACUUCCACUGUGGAAGCUGUUUAUGACAUGUUUAGUAGAAUGAACGCUGAUCUCGACUACAAGGUGUGACGAUGGGAGUCUUCAUUGGGCAGCUUCAUCAUGGCUUCCUUUCACUGUCACAGGAGAAAUCCAUUUUCAAUCUGCUAUUGUUUUUAAAUAAAAAAAAAACGUAUCAUUUUCUGUUUUGCCUUACCAGUUCCCUUUCUGUAUUUUUGUGGGAACUUGAGAAAAGGAUCCACCCACCGUAGUGUCCUACAAUAAAAAAAAAAACAACAACUCACAAAUUCAUCAAAUCUACUUCAUGAAGUUCUGUGCUGUUUGUUUUUGUCUUCUGGUGGAUUUCUUUGACUGUUUACAUUUUUUAAAGAAAUGUCUAAUAUUGAUCAUCCAUUUUUGUCCUAAGUAGACAGCCUGUCUCAUUAAAGUGGCCCUGUU